UCUCUCUCUUUUUUUUUGUUAUAAAUCGUGUAUAAUCUGGCCUUUCUAGAAACUGUGUCUAUGGUUUCAGUUUUACCCAGAUAUCAGCCCACAUUAUUACAGUGCAUGCUCAGUGUGUAUGUUUGGGCAGGGCAGGAUAAUUUCACUAGUCAAACUCGGAUGCACCUUGGUUUCAGCCAAGUAAAUACAGUACGAUAUGUGUAGUAUUUACAUGUGAUUGCAUAGUCUGGAUUACAUUGCAAUCCCCCCCCAAAAAAACCUCGGUGAUCUGUCUACUUGGUCCCAGAUGACAGCACAGUGUGUAACGAAGGUGGAGCUGAGUGUCUCCUGUGACAACCUCCUGGAUAAAGAUGUGGUCUCCAAGUCUGACCCUUUGUGUGUGCUCCUCAUGAACAUGUCAGGAACGCAGUGGUUUGAGGUGGGCCGCACAGAACAAAUUAAAAACUGUCUUAACCCGCAGUUUUCCAAGAAGUUUGUCAUUGACUAUUACUUUGAGUUGGUGCAGAAAUUGAAGUUUGGUGUUUAUGACAUUGACAAUAAAACGAUUGACCUCAGCGAUGAUGACUUUCUUGGAGAAAUUGAAUGCACUGUGGGACAGAUUGUGUCAAGCAAGAAACUGACUCGACCACUUGUUUUAAAGAAUCAGAAGCCUGCAGGGAAAGGAACCAUUUCGAUUACUGCAGAGGAAAUAAAGGACAACAAAGUGGUCAAUUUUGAGGUGCAGGCCAGAAAACUUGAUAACAAGGAUUUCUUUGGCAAAUCAGACCCUUACUUGGAGUUCUACAAGCAAACUGACAGAGGAUGGCAGCUGGCACACAGAACAGAAGUCAUCAAAAACAACCUGAACCCUGUUUGGAAACCGUUCAAAAUACCUAUGCGGUCUCUUUGCAAUGGCGACUUGGAGAAGCCCAUCAAGGUGGAGUGCUAUGAUUAUGAUAAUGAUGGCUCACAUGAUCUGAUUGGAAUUUUUGAGACUAACCUAUCAAAACUGCAAGAAGCUUCACGAACUACACCAGCUGAAUUUGAAUGUAUUAACAUGAAGAAGAAGCAGAAGAAGAAACACUACAAAAAUUCUGGAGUUGUGAGUGUCAAAUCUUGCCAGGUUGUGAAGGAGUAUACAUUUUUAGAUUACAUCAUGGGUGGAUGCCAGAUUAAUUUUACUAUUGGAAUAGAUUUCACUGGGUCUAAUGGAGACCCUCGGUCACCAGAGUCUCUUCACUACAUUAGUCCUCAGGGGUUUAAUGAAUAUCUCAUGGCCAUCUGGUCUGUUGGGAUGGUGAUUCAGGAUUAUGACAGUGACAAAAUGUUCCCGGCUUUUGGGUUUGGCGCCCAAAUACCACCAUCUUGGCAGGUAUCACAUGAGUUUCCAUUAAACUUCAAUCCAGCCAACCCAUUCUGUGCAGGGAUACAGGGAGUAGUGGAUGCUUACAGAGCCUGCCUUCCUCAAGUGAAGCUGUAUGGACCAACUAAUUUCUCUCCAAUAAUAAACCACGUUGCCAAGUUUGCUUCAGAAGCAGCACAACAGAACUCUGCAGCAAAGGCUGCCACUCAAUAUUUUGUCCUCCUGAUCAUUACUGAUGGUGUAAUAACAGACUUGGAUGAAACCAGGAAUGCUAUUGUAAAUGCUUCGAGGCUUCCCAUGUCAGUCAUCAUUGUUGGUGUGGGAGGAGCAGACUUCAGUGCCAUGGAGUUUCUAGACGGAGACGACGGGACUCUCAGAUCACCCACUGGCCAACCAGCUGUCAGAGAUAUAGUGCAGUUUGUGCCUUUCCGGAAAUUCCAAAAUGCUCCGAAAGAAGCUCUUGCCCAAUGUGUAUUAGCAGAAGUGCCUCAGCAAGUGACGUCAUAUUUCAACAUGUGUAACCUGAGUCCUCCCAAUGACCCGACCCCUGCUGCAAGUUCAUGAGGAAGCAUGACUCUUAUGCCCUGCAGAGAAAACAAACAGAUAUUCGUAACAAGGCUGUUUUUCUGAGUGCGAGUAAUACACAAUUAAUUUUUUUAUUACUCGGAAUUGGGGGUGGGGGCGGGGGGGUGCCUUGAAUCAGCUACUGGUUCCAGUAGGAUAGUGACGACUGCCAAUCUCAAGUCUGGAGCCAAUCCUGGGGGGAUGCAGUCUGUGGUUGAAUUCGUUCAUACAUACUCUUUCUAGAAACACAUUAUUUUAAAAGAAAGUUUUUUUUUUUUUUAGUCCAUGUUAGGUUUGUUUAACCCUUGUUUAAUCCAUGUGCCUGUAAAAUAACUUUCCACAUACACACACUGUUGUACAUAAAGUCAAAUUAUUAUUUUUUGGUAAAGAUAUUUUCCACGCCUACUUUUUUUAUUAGUUGUGCGCCCUUUUUGAAGGGCAACGCAUUGUAGUUUCAUCCCUAGUUUUUCACUUCAACAUAUAUGUAUCUUAUCACAAGUGUGUUUUUGGAAAUACUGUGUGUUUUUGCAUUUUUGAGGUUACAGAUUCAGUAAGAACCUAUUAACCUAAUAUUAAAAAAAAAAACCAACUGACACUCAAAUAAUAAAUAGUAUGUCUUGUCUUAGUUUAUCUUCUCUGAUUGAUCUCAUCGUACUUUACUGUGCACUGAAGUGCACCCCUCCAAUCAAAACGAUAGCAAGUAAAAAAACACAAAUAAAUAAGUACGUCUUGAAGAUUUGCAAUCUGCUCUUAAGUGGUCUCCAUUUUAACUGUCUACAUUAAUCACUGAUACUUUAUAUAAAUAUAUUCAUAUGAAUAAAUCUUGCUCAAUAAAAGUAAAAUUGACACAUUAGAACUUAAAAACGAUAAAUAAAAAAACGUUUAAUAAACAGUAAAGCAGUGUAUGGUCCCUUUCAGAGUGAAGAUCAGGACACAUAAAUGGAUUUAAUGAAUGUUGUUAGCCCCGCCCACUUCCGCUGAUGUCACCCGAGUGUCUGAAUAAGUAUUGGUUUUCGAGUACGAUUGCCAGUACUGUGAUGGGUUUUUUGCACACGCAUAAUUCAUAGUGUAAUCCACGUUUAACAAUCAAAAAUAUGCGUUCAACUUUGUUGAUUUAAAUCAUAUUUGUGAUAGUUUUGUCUUAAGAUUUAAACUGUAUAUUUUGUCUAGUAUGUGUUUUAAGUGCCAAUUAGUAUAGAAAACUACUUUUUAAUGCUUAAGGGUGGUUUGUGAUUGGAUGUUCAUCUCUGCAAAGCCUGGACUCAGCUGUUAUAUCAUUGGGCUGCUUGUAUGGCAUGCCAAGUUCCUAGUAUACGUAAAAUAAAGACUACCAUUAUAUUUCAGUGGUGUCAUAAAAAUAAAAUCAUGUACUAGUCUUUCAUAAACAUUUAAUAUUUAAGUAAACAUCUGAAAUUGAGACAAUCAAGUAAAACAGAAGUGUCCAAAAAUUACUUAUUCCUUUCAGUUUUCAGCUGUAUUGUAUUUGUAUUUGAAGGUUUUAUAUUUCCAAGCAUUACACAUUACAUAGUAAUGUUUUCAAAUGUUGUUGAAAUGUAACAUUUUUUUUUUUUUUGUAUUCAUAUUUUGCUUCGGAAUUUCAAAUUCAGAUAUUUCACACAAUAAUUGAAAACUACAGAUGUUAAGAAGUGCCAGUAUGGAUGAUAGCUUUUUGUAUUGAAAAAAUGGGAUGGUGUGAAAACUUUUGGGGCAACUAUGACAAAUGAACAAUGUGUGCAUAAUAGUUUACACAUGCAAUAUGUGUUCAAAAUAACAUGGCUUUGCUGCAUUUUAUUAAAUGGGGAAUAUGCUUAGCUGCUGUUAAGCCAGACUCUCAUAUACAUUGUAUACUGUAUCAUUGCUCAUUAUUAUAAAUAUUACUGCACUUGUUUAAACAAAUAAAAUCUAAUUACAAACUUGCUUUUA